CGUCGCUUCCGGCUGCGCAGGAGGUUGUGCGUAAAAGUCAAUUCCCAUCGCUAUAUACCGCCAUAUUGUUUGCGGCAGUCGCGUACGUAAUUGGUUUGUCUCGUACAUAAUCUCGUCAAGUUUUUCUCUCGUCCAGUGAGCCCCAUUGGGAAAGUUUGCAAACAUUUCGCGAAAAAGCAACAUGAAGAAAACUAAGGACGUCUCAGACGAGGAUGAAUAUUCCGCGGAUGAUCCGGAAGAAGUUGAAGGAGCCUCUGAAGAAGAGUGGACUCCUGAGGCCGGAGCUGAAAGUGGUGCUAAAAAAAGGCCACAAAGAGAAGUUGCUAAAAAACGACAACAUUCAGAAGAAGAAGAAGAUGAAGAAGAAGAAGAGGAUGAAGAAGAAGAUGAUGAAGAAGAUGAAGAAUCUGAUUCAGACACAGGAAAAAAACCUAAAAGAAAAAGACGGUCUAAAAAAGAAGAAGAUGAAAAAGAAGAUGAAGACGAAGAAGAUUCUGAUGAUAACAGUUAUAACGAAUCAUCAGGAGAGACGCCAAAAGAUUUUACUUCUGGUGCAUUCGUUGUUGCAAAAGCUGAUAUUGGAAAUACAGAUGGUGGAAAUACGGAUCCAACAUUAUGGAGGAUAGAUGGAAAAGCAUUACUACAAAAAUUUUUACCUUUUAAAGAAGAUGGAAAAACGUUAUAUAAAAGCACAUCGACGUAUUCGGGAUGGUCGGUAAAUAACAAAGAUAAAUACUUGGCUGCACAAGUUACUUUCAAAGUGCAAAGUAGAACAGAAACCAUUGUUGAACUUCACCUUGAUCAACAUCAACAGGAAGUUGUAAAAGAAGAAAAAGAAGACUUCGUUUGUUUAAAUACUUUAAUAUCAUUAGUUAAAUCAUUAGAUUUCGCUUCUAAACUCUCCAUAACAUUAGUUUCAUUGUCUAAAGUAUCUUCAAAUGAUCUUUUUGGAUUAGAAGAAUCAAUUUCAAUUAAAUCACCAUCAUGUCCAAAUGCAAAUGAUUUUUGUCCUAUAAAUAUAUGGGACAGUACAGAAAGUGUACCACCACAAUGCAAUGGGCUGUAUUGUUCGUACGAAUUGUACAUUGCAUAUGGAUCAUAUACUGAAUCAAAAGAUUCACUAGUUUCUUGUUGUUGCUUCAUAAAAUCAUUAAUAGCUAUGCCUUUUAACUUUGAUGGCUGUAAAAAUCUUUUUGGUAUGCGAGAAAAAGAGCCAUUUUCUUGCGGACUAUUUGAACAACCACCAAAUCCAAGACCAAGUAAUCCUGUUGUAUUAAUUGUUGUAUUAGGAACAUUGAUAGGUGCAGAUUUAGUCAUGGUUAAUUGUUUUGUUCCUAUAGGAUAUGGAAUAUCCUUAGGUUCACUUGUGUCAUCUCACGGAAAGAAAAACAGAAAACGAAUACUAACAAGACGACCACGACAUGUUGUUGGAAAAGAAGAAAAAUAUCGUCAAGAAAGAGAUAAAUCCGAUAAGGAAGAUGAAAUAUCAGAACAAGAAGAAAAUGUUUGGUCCCCCUCUUUUCCCGUUGCUAUGUGGGAUCUCGAACAUUGUGAUCCUAAAAAAUGUUCUGGUAGAAAAUUAGUUAGACAUGGCUUAGUAAAAAUAUUAAGGUUAGGAGUUCGAUUUUCAGGAUUAGUUCUUACACCUAUUGGUCAAAAGUGUGUGAGUCCAACAGAUCGUGAUAUUAUAAAAGAUUAUGGUUGCGCAGUCGUCGAUUGUAGUUGGGCACGUUUAGAUGAUACUCCAUUUAGUAGAAUGAGAACUUCCAAUCCGCGUCUUUUACCGUUUCUAGUUGCUGCAAAUCCAAUAAAUUAUGGAAAACCUUGUCAAUUAAGUUGUGUAGAAGCUAUAGCUGCUACUUUAAUUAUAACAGGUUUUCCUGAAGAAGCAAAAUUUUAUCUCGGAAAAUUCUCUUGGGGUCACUCAUUUUUAGAAUUGAAUGACGAAUUGUUAAAAACAUAUUCACUUUGUACAAAUGCAGAAGAAAUUAUAUCUGCGCAAGAAAAAUUUCUCGUUGAUGCAAGAGAAGAAAAGUUAAAUAGACAUGCUAUUUCAGAUUUUCCACCAGCUAUUUCAGAUUCAGAAACAGAAGAAGAAAAAGAAGAAUCAGUAUCCAUAAAUAUUAUUUCUGAAAUAGAUGAACAAAUAAAAAAUAUAAAUAUAACAUAAAAAUGGUUCGAAUGUAUUUGUAUAUAUUUUCUUUAUAAUCAAAACAUAUUCAUUAAUAUACACGUAUUUUGUAUAAUUUCAAUUUUAUUAAUAAUUAAAAAAUGAAAUUGAUUUUUAAUUUACAAAACAUAAUUUAAAUAAAAAAAAUCAUAUUUCAAACAUGAUUGAAACGCAUAAAUAUGUAAUAUCUUUUGAAUU